GCAGCUGGAUAAACGUUCAGCAUCCGAAUGGUGACAUGUUGACGGUGCAGUACCGACCCGAAGAUGUGCAGUGUGGAUUAGGAUUUUGUCGCGGUAGAUUACCGCAACGUUUGGCCAGCAAGAAACUGUACGUCAUCUUGUUCAGCUUUCUCAACUGCAUGAUGGCAUCGGCGGCUUCCUAUUUUUACGGGACACUAACGACGGUGGAGAAAAGUUUACAGAUAUCGUCGAAAAAUGUCGGUAUGAUAACGGCAGGUGGUGAAUUGUCCUUCCUCAUGUCGUCCCUAUUCUUGUCGCACUACGCCGCCAACAAGCGGAAGCCCCCGUGGAUAGCCUUUGGCGUUUUGAGUGUGGCUCUGUCAUGCUUUGUAAGUGCCUUGCCACAUUUUAUCGCGGAACCAAAUCUUGACAAUGCCUUGCGAGUGGAUUUAAAUAUUUCAACAUCGAACAUCGAAGGGAACAACUUGUGCGAUGAGAAUCGACCACCUCCGGACUGUUCGUCAGAUGUGGGCAACCUGAUUCCACAACUACUUCUGCUUCUGGGCACUUCGCUAUCCGGACUGGGAACAUCUUUGUAUGCAACACUUGGGAUAACAUAUUUGGAUGAUAAUGUGAAGAAGGAGAAAGUUCCCUUCCUGUCCAGUGUUUCUUCAUUUGGACGAAAUCUUGGGCCAAUGGUUGGUUUCUCGUUAGCGUCCUUGUGUUUAAAAUUAUUCAUUGUUCCGGGUAUUGAACCGCCUUAUGAAAACUCAGACCCGCGUUGGAUAGGUGCAUGGUGGCUCGGAUGGAUUGUCCUCGGCAGUGUGAUACUACUAGCAGCUCCGUUAUUCGCCAGUUUUCCCAGAAUGUUACCCAGGGCAGCGGAGCGGAGACUAUUAGAAAAACAAGAUACCGAAGCUGAUACCAAAUCCGCCUCUUGGCGAGAUUUUUUUAAAACAUUCAAGCGACUUAUCACGAACAAAGUCUAUUUGUUCAACAACAUUGCGUGUGUAUUCUACUGCUACGGAGCUAUGCCGUAUCUUCUAUUUCAGACCAAAUACCUGGAGAUUCAAUACCAGCUAACGCCAUCGCAGGCGAAUAUGGUGACGGGUUCGGUUUCGCUGGUGUUCGCAGCCUUGGGGAUACUGAUUGCCGGCGCGGUUGUUCAGAAACUGAAACCAUCUGCUAGGCAACUGGCUGGUUGGAACAUUCUUACCGGUGUUUGUGCUGCUACGGCGGUACUACUUUACUCAGUGCUCGGUUGCAACAAUUUAAACAAUACAUCAAUUAUAGAAAACUCUAGAGACGUCACAUGUUUUGCGGAAUGUAAUUGUGAGUUCGUAAAAUACGCACCAAUCUGUGGCGCAGAUGGAAACACUUACAUAUCCCCGUGUCACGCAGGUUGUAGGGAACAAAUAAACCUGGAUAGCGGAUCUACUGUUUUUAGUGAUUGUGCAUGUAUCAACAAGAAUCUGAAUAUAUCUGUAGACAUUCCUGAAACUGCUUCAACCAUUCUGGUAAGUUGUAAAUCAUUCAGAAAAUAUAUUUUUCUUACGAUCAUUCCACAGCCUUCAGGAACCGCCACUUCGGGAGGAUGUCCAAUCGAUUGCCGGAUGCCCUUCUUCUUGUUCCUAUUGGUUAUGUGUCUGAACAAGUUCAUCGACGGCACCGAGUCGGCAUCCAACUUUUUGAUUGCACUCCGCUGUGUCCGGGAGCAGGACAAACCCUUCUCGAUGGGACUGUCGAUGACGAUCAACAGGCUAGGAACGUUUCUACCGGCGCCCAUCAUUUUCGGUAUUAUCAUCGAUCGAACGUGUCUGCUGUGGGGACGCUCUUGCGAUGAGAACCUUCAGGGCAACUGCUGGCUGUACGAUGGGUUGGAACUGCGAACAACGAUGAACUACUUUUCGGCAGCGUUUAUUCUGACGGGUGCAAGUUUUGAUGUGGGUACAUGGUAUUAUGCGAAAAAUUUGAAAAUUUUUAAUGAUGAUCGAAAUGUGCGUAACAGUGCCGAAGAAGUAAAUAUCAGUUAG